AUGCCGAGCCGCGACCUUGGAGACCAGCACGCGCCUGUCCAGGCAGGCCGAAACGCCACGCCCGCGAACCCUCCCUUGAACCCAGUCGGCCCAGCACCGGCAGAUGCAGACAGAAAGGAGGAAGAUGGUGAUCCGUUCAAGCAUCUGUCUGAGCACGAGAAGGCCAUCCUCAAGAGACAGUUGGAUCAGCCCGCCACCACCGUCGGUUAUCUGACGCUGUAUCGUUAUGCGACACGAAAUGACAAGAUCAUCCUGGUCAUCGCCUCGCUCGCAGCAAUCGUCGGCGGUGCACUCAUGCCUCUGAUGACCGUCCUGUUUGGAGGUCUUGCAGGCACCUUCCGCAGCUUCCUACUGGGCGACAUAGGUGAAGGCCAAUUUACCGGCGACCUUGCCAGAUUCUCUCUCUACUUCCUCUACCUCGCUGUCGGCGAGUUUGUGAUGGUGUACUUGGCCACGGUCGGUUUCGUGUAUGCUGGUGAACACAUCACGGCAAAGAUCAGACAGCAGUUCUUGGCCGCCAUUCUGAGGCAGAAUAUUGCCUUUUUCGACGAGCUCGGCGCGGGUGAGAUCACCACAAGGAUCACAGCAGACACCAAUCUUGUCCAGGAGGGUAUCUCAGAGAAAGUGGCAUUGACCUUGACAGCCGUCGCCACCUUUGUGGCCGCGUUCGUGAUUGGUUUCGUCACAUACUGGAAGCUCACGCUGAUUCUGUGUUCCACUGUCGCUGCCAUCGUUGUUACAUUGGGCGCCGUGGGUUCGUUCGUCGCCAAGCUCAGCAAGAAAUACCUCGCCCAUUUUGCUGCAGGAGGGACGGUUGCGGAAGAGGCCAUCAGCUCGAUCCGAAAUGCGGCUGCCUUCAAUACCCAAGAGAAGCUGGCUCAACGAUACGAUGGGUAUCUCGUCGAAGCUGAGAGGUCCGGGUUCAAGCUCAAGUCCACCACCAGCUCAAUGUUUGCUUUUCUCUUUCUGUACAUCUACCUCAACUACGGACUGUCUUUCUGGAUGGGCUCCCGCUUCCUUGUGGAUGGGUCCGUUGGAUUAUCGCAAAUCCUCACUAUUCAGAUGGCCAUCAUGAUGGGGGCUCUUGCCCUCGGGAAUAUUACACCCAAUGUCCAGGCCAUCACCUCGGCCGUCGCCGCAGCCAACAAGAUCUACGCAACCAUUGAUCGUGUCUCUCCUCUCGACCCUACAUCGACCGAGGGGCAGAAGCUGGAGAAACUGCAAGGCAAUGUGGAACUGAAGAAUAUCAGACACAUAUACCCUUACCGCCCCGACGUUGUUGUAAUGGAUGGUGUGAGCUUACUGAUCCCCGCAGGCAAGUCUACUGCGCUUGUUGGGGCUUCAGGCUCUGGAAAAAGUACGAUCGUCGGGCUGGUUGAGCGUUUCUACGAUCCUGUCGGUGGAUGCGUACACAUCGACGGCCAUGAUAUCAAAGACUUGAAUCUACGCUGGUUGCGACAACAAAUUUCACUGGUGAGCCAAGAGCCGACAUUAUUCGCUACGACGAUAUUUGGCAAUAUCAGGCACGGUUUGAUCGGAACACCGCACGAGCAUGAGUCCGACAAAGCAAUUCGUGAGCUAGUCGAACGUGCUGCGCAGAUGGCAAACGCCCACGACUUCAUUACCUCCCUUCCCGAGGGCUAUGACACCGACAUUGGCGAACGAGGGUUCCUUCUUUCAGGAGGUCAGAAACAACGCAUUGCCAUUGCUAGAGCCAUGGUCAGCGAUCCUAAGAUUCUGCUACUUGACGAAGCAACAUCCGCACUCGACACGAAGAGCGAGGGCGUUGUGCAGGCUGCAUCCGACAAAGCUGCUCAGGGACGAACCACCGUGAUCAUUGCUCACCGACUGUCUACUAUCAAGAAUGCGGACAAUAUCGUGGUGAUGUCCCACGGACGCAUUGUCGAACAGGGCACCCACGAUGACCUUCUCCAGAAGAAAGGCGCUUACUAUAACUUGGCCGAGGCUCAGCGAAUCGCGAUGAAGCAAGAGUCUAGAAACCAGGAUGAAGAUUCCAUACUUCCUGGAACCAAUUACGAUUUACGGCGACUCGAUUUCAAGAAAGGUCGCUACAGCUUAGACAAAGAGGAUCAGGGAGAAGACCCUGAUGCACUUCAGGUGGACAAGACACGACCAGAAAGGGCCGCAUCCAGGGCGACACCUGCGAAGGACGGAGAAGAGGACAUUACUGAUAACUAUACCUUGUUCACGCUCAUACGGUUUAUCGCUGCUGUCUUCUUCGCCAAGUGCAUUACAGCCCUUUCGCUUCCUCUUUCAGAACGCUCUGAGAUACGUCGACAAGCCAACUUCUGGUCACUGAUGUAUUUGAUGCUCGCCUUUGUGCAGCUGCUCGUUAUCAUCUGUCAGGGUACUGCGUUCUCUUACUGCGCAGAGCGACUUACCCAUCGGGUUCGCGACCAAGCAUUUCGAUAUAUCCUCCGGCAAGAUAUUGCCUUUUUCGACAAACGUUCCUCUGGUGCUCUUACUUCUUUUCUAUCCACUGAGACCUCCCACCUGGCUGGGCUGUCUGGAAUUACUCUGAUGACGAUUUUAUUGAUGGUCACCACCUUAAUUGCUUCCUGCGCCAUUGGUUUGGCCGUAGGGUGGGAGCUUAGUUUAGUGUGUAUGUCCACCAUCCCCCUACUUCUCGCUUGUGGGUACUUCCGUUUGGCCAUGCUGGUCCGACUCGAGAAGGAGAAGAAGAAAGCCUUUGAACAGUCUGCAAGCUAUGCCUGCGAGGCCACUUCAGCCAUCCGAACCGUAGCUUCCUUGACCCGUGAGAGCGACGUUUGCAAUCACUAUCAUGAACAGCUCCUCUCACAAGGCCGUAGGCUAGUGUGGUCGAUUCUCAAGUCAUCCAUUCUUUACGCGGCAUCUCAAUCGCUUCAAUUUCUUUGCAUGGCUCUCGGCUUUUGGUAUGGAGGUACCUUGUUUGGCCGACACGAAUAUUCUAUGUUCCAAUUCUUCCUGUGUUUCAGCGUAGUCAUUUUCGGGGCGCAGUCUGCAGGGACCGUCUUCAGCUUUGCACCGGAUAUUGCCAAAGCCAGACACGCUGCUGCUAGUCUCAAGGCUCUCUUCGAUCGGACGCCGGAAAUCGAUAGCUGGAGCCGUGAUGGGGAGAUGGUCCAGAGUAUAGAAGGCCAUGUCGAGUUCAGAGAAGUGUACUUCAGGUACCCGACGCGACCAAAUCAGCUCGUUCUGCGAGGUCUCAAUCUGCACGUCAAGCCCGGGCAGUACGUUGCGUUCGUCGGAGCUAGUGGAUGUGGCAAGUCCACUGCAAUUGCCCUCGUAGAGAGAUUCUACGAUCCAGCUCUCGGCGGUGUCUAUGUCGACGGCAAAGAUAUCUCGUCAUUCAACAUCAACAAGUACCGCUCCCAUCUGGCACUGGUCAGCCAAGAGCCAACGCUCUACCAAGGCACCAUCCGCGAGAAUAUUAUGCUGGGUACGGACCGCGACGACGUUACGGAAGAUGAAAUGGUGCAAUGCUGCAAGACCGCCAACAUCUACGAUUUCAUCAUCAGUCUGUCAAACAGCUUCGAUACCCUCGUUGGUAGUAAGGGCAGCAUGCUGUCAGGCGGCCAGAAGCAACGUCUUGCAAUAGCGAGAGCAUUGCUCCGCAACCCCCGAAUCCUUUUACUGGAUGAGGCCACUUCGGCUCUCGAUUCAGAGUCUGAAAAGCUCGUGCAAGCUGCCUUGGAUACCGCAGCGAAAGGCCGCACGACGAUCGCCGUGGCGCAUCGUCUCAGUACGGUGCAAAAGGCAGAUAUGAUCUAUGUCUUCAACCAAGGCCGCGUCAUCGAGUGUGGAACCCAUGCUGAGCUGAUGCAGAAGCGGUCGGCAUACUUCGAGCUUGUCGGCUUGCAGAAUCUGGGCGAUAUGUGA